UUUGCAUGACAUACAGAGCAGGCAGGCAGGUAAAGUUUUGGAUAGUGUGUCAACAGCUUUCUUGUCAAGCUGCAGUGUGUCCCUGUCAAACUGCUGUUUUACAGUUGGUUCUACUCCCCAGGAAUGUCUUGCUGAAGGUGGCGAAUGCUGCAAUUCCUGCAGUCUGACUGCUAACUCUCAGUGCAGUAAUGGACUUUGCUGUAGAAAAUGUCAGUUUGAACUUAAAGGUGUAGUCUGCAGAGAAGCUGUAAAUGAUUGUGACAUUCCGGAGAGCUGCAAAGGAGACUCCAGUCAGUGCUCUCCAAAUCUCUACAAAAUAGAUGGGUAUUCAUGUGAUAAUGAACAGGGCAUUUGUUUUGGAGGAAGAUGCAAAACAAGAGACAGACAGUGUAAAUACAUUUGGGGAGAAAAAGUGACAGCUGCUGAUAAAUAUUGCUAUGAAAGAUUAAAUAUAGAAGGAACAGAGAAAGGUAGCUGUGGCAGAGACAAAGAUACUUGGAUUCAGUGCAAGAAUGAAGAUGUUCUUUGUGGAUAUCUUCUAUGUUCUAACAUUGCCUCUAACAUUCCAAGACUUGGGGAGCUUGAUGGUGAAAUCACAUCUAUUUCUCUCCAGAAUCUGGGGAAAACUUAUAAUUGCAGUGGUGGUCAUGUGAAGCUGGAGGAAGAUGCAGACCUGGGUUAUGUAGAAGAUGGGACUCCCUGUGGUCCUGAUAGGAUAUGCUGGGAUCACAGAUGCCUCUCAAUGGAUUCUUUUAACUUCAGUUCUUGCCCUGGAAGUACAGAUGGCUUCAUUUGUUCAGGACAUGGAGUUUGCAGUAAUGAAAUGCAGUGUGUCUGUGAACAGUUAUGGACAGGUGUAGACUGCAGUAAGCGCCUCGUGAAACCAAUAAUUGAUGGAAGUUUGCACAAUUCAGGUGUCACUAGCACAAAUAUUAUUAUUGGUGCUAUUGCCGGUACAAUUUUAGUGUUGGCUCUCAUUAUGGGAAUAACAGCAUGGGGUUACAGAAACUAUCGAAGACAGAGACAAAUUCCUCAGGGAGAUUAUGUUAAAAAGCCUGGUGAGGCCGACUCCUUUUAUAGCGACAUGCCACCUGGAGUCAGCACAAACUCUGCAUCUAGUUCUAAGAAGAGGUCUGCUUUUCUGUCGCAUUUUCAGAUUUCUACCUGUUCCAUCACACAUUAUUCCAUUAGUCAGAACCUUUCAUUGUUUUGCAGCAGGUCAAACGGCUUAUCUCAUUCAUGGAGUGAAAGAAUCCAAGAUGCAAAGAAUCUUUCAGACAUCUGUCAAAAUGGGAGACCAAGGAGUAAUUCAUGGCAAGGUAAUAUAGGAGGCAACAGAAAGAAAGUCAAAGGCAAAAGAUUUAGGCCACGGUCUAAUUCAACUGAGUAUUUAAACCCAUGGUUCAAAAGAGAAUCUAAUGUAGCUAAGUGGGUAGAAGAUGUGAAUAAAAACACUGAAGGACCCUACUUUAGGACUCUUUCCCCUGCAAAGUCCCCCUCAUCAUCUACUGGCUCCAUUGCUUCCAGCAGGAAGUAUCCCUACCCCAUGCCUCCACUGCCUGACGAGGAGAAGAAGGCCCACAGAGCGAGUGCCAGGCUAUGGGAGACUUCCAUUUAGGUAUUUAGCUUCCACCUGAGCUGACACCAGAACUGUUUACUUCCAAUUUUAUACAAAUUCAGCAUCACUGAGUCACUGAACAUUCAUCUGCUCAGCAGACAACUUGAUGGAGCGAAGAUACAGAUUGCCACAGGAUAAGCAAGUUCUCCCACUGAAGGAGAACUGAUUUUCUGCAGCUAAGUGAAGUUUUGUGAAUUACAAAUAAAGAUAUUAACCUGGGAUAUACAGAACUGAACAUGCUAAGAGAUUGUGCAUGAUGUCAGAUAUUAUAUAGACAUUCAGAUACUGCUUUUGGAGUCCCAAUGGUGGUCCCCCCCCCCCCCCUGGUCUGACAUAUUCCCAAAUAUCUAAAAAAAAGAGUGAUUCAGAAUUUGGUACAUAAUCAUUUAUCCUGUGUGCAUGAACCUCUCUGUUUGCCACUAUCCAUGUGUAAGGGAUUAAUCAUUUUACUGUAGUAGAAUUAGCAUGCAGGAAUAAGAAAUGUUUUUUCCACAGCUGGGUUCUAAAGAGGCAAAAUAUUUUGACAUAAGCUUCAAUAACAAAAGAGAUUCUUUUCUUUUUUUUUUUACCUGUUGUGAUUACAUUCUCAGUAAAAAGCUACCCGUAGAAAGUUAUGAAAUACAAGCACUGUAGUUAGGUUUUUGGUGGUUGGGGUUUGUUUUUUUUUUUU